UACUACACAUGGAUAACAAGGAAACUCAGAGAGAGAAACACUUUGUGCUAGUCCAUGGGGCUUGCCAUGGAGCUUGGUGCUGGUACAGAGUGGUCACCCUCCUCGAGUCCACCGGCCACAAGGUCACUGCCUUGGACAUGGCCGCUUCGGGGAUCCAUCCAAAGCAAGCUAAAGAGUUGAAUUCGAUCGAGGAAUACGUCGAGCCUCUCUUCGAAUUCUUGGAGGGUCUUCCUCGGGAAGAAAAGGUGAUUUUGGUAGGGCAUAGCAUAGGCGGGCUUGUCCUGUCAAUGGCCAUGGAGAGAUUUCCUGAGAAAGUAGCUGUAGCUGUUUUUGCUGCUGCUCUCAUGCCGGGUCCUGAACUCGGUAUCCACUCCAUCCGUGAAGAGCGUGAUCGCAGAUUGGGAUUCAGCACGGACUCGGCAUACGCAUUUGAUGAUGGCCCUGCGCAACCUCCCACUUCCCUGCUUUUUGGAUACGAUCUUCUCUCUACCAAGUUGUAUCAACUGUCCCCACCCGAGGAUUUGACUUUGGCGGCCUCCUUAAUGAGGCCAUUCCGUCUGUACCCUGACCAAGCCAAGAUGAAGGAGGAAGUAGCAGUCACGAAGGCCAAAUACGGCACCGUCCGUCGGGUUUACAUCGUGUGCGACCGAGACCUCAUCCUAACGGAAGACGUGCAGAGAUGGAUGGUGGAGAUGAACCCGCCAGAUGAAGCGAAGGUGAUCUCUGGCUCAGAUCACAUGGUCAUGUUCUCUAAGCCGCAUGAGCUUUGUCAUGCUCUCGGAGAGAUUGCUGAAUGUUAUUGCUCUUGA